UGCCCUCGCUAGUUUUCACUUCAUACGUUCUUCACUUUUAAUAUCCCAAAACAUAGAGCUCAUCAUCAUGCUUAGCAGCAGACUCAAUCAGCUUUGUGUGGCCACCAUUUUAUGCAUCUUUUUAUGUCAUGGAAGUUUGCAUGCAGAGCUAUGUGCGGAGGCAGACAAGCAAGCUCUUCUCAAGUUAAAGGAAGGUUUUGUUCAUGGAAUGGAGCUUCUAUCUUCCUGGAACGGUCAUGAUUGUUGCAAGUGGAAAGGAGUUUCAUGCAAUAAUUUAACAGGUCAUGUAACCUCCCUUGAUCUCAAUUUUUCAAAUAUUACACUUGUUGAAGAUCUAAACUAUCUUUUAGACGAUAUGCCAGAGAUGGAAUUUUUCAAUCGCUCUACAGAGUUGGGGCGUAAGAUAGAUUCUUCAAUAUGUGAACUGCAGCAUCUCACUUUCUUAGAUCUCACUCAUAAUUCCUUACAGGGGGAGAUCCCAAAAUGUAUUGGUUCACUUGGUCAACUCACACAUUUAAAACUUGCAUGGAAUGGCCUUAGUUCUGUUCCUUAUACUAUGUCAAAUCUUUCCAAUUUGGAAUAUCUUGACCUUGGCAAAAAUUAUUUUGUUGCAAGAGAUCUUGAUUGGCUUUCUCACCUGUCUUCUUUAAAAUACCUUGAUCUUUCAAAAAACAAUUUUGGCGCACUUAUUGAUUGGCCAUCAUCAAUAAGUAAAAUCCCUUUUCUAUCUGAACUCUAUUUAAAUGAUUGUGGACUCCAUCAAGUCAAUCCUAAAUCAAUCUCCCGCAUCAAUUCUUCCACUUUCCUCCAAAUCCUCAGUCUAUCGGGAAAUCACUUUGACUCUUCAAUUAUGUCAUGGGUGUUGAAUGUUAGCAAAGUCCUCACAGUUCUUGAUCUCUCACAUAAUGAACUUGAUAAUGGCAUCAUAAAGUCCUUUAACACUUUGUGUCAUCUUAAGAAGUUGUACCUUGGGUUCAAUAAAUUGUCUGAUCAACUCAGUGGUUACUUACCAGAAUUUUGUUCUGCAAAGGAUUUAGAGGUGUUGAAUCUCGACCACAACCCCUUUAGUAAUGGUACACUCCCUGAUUUUUCACUGUUUUCAUCCUUGGAAAGACUUUCACUUCAAAACACUAGUAUUGUUGGGCCAUUAUUAUUUGGUCACUCUCCUCGUCUUAAAGCUUUGGAUCUUAGUUUAAACAAUUUGAAUGGAUCAUUUCCUGUAUUCGAGGUCACUAAAUUUGCUACGUUGCAUUUUUUGGAUCUUUCACACAACAAAUUGAGUGGGCGACUUCCGUAUACUAUUGGGAAACUUUCUAAUCUCUGGUUUUUGUCCAUCUCCUCAAAUGAGUUGAAUGGUGACAUUAGUGAAGAGCAUCUAUUAAACCUAUCUAGCUUAAAGAUACUUGAUGUGAGUAAAAAUUCUCUCUCAUUUAACUUAAGUCCAGAUUGGGUUCCACCUUUCCAAUUGGUGGCAUUAUAUGCAUCAUUCAGCAUUUUGGGGCCUCAAUUUCCAUUGUGGCUUAAACAUCAAAGGAAACUUCAGGUGCUGCAAAUCUCUAAUACCUACAUUACGGAUUCAUUUCCUGAAUGGCUUGGGGAUAUAUCAUCAAGUUUGUUAUACAUAAAUGUUUCCCAUAAUAAACUUAAUGGAGUCUUACCAAAAUCACUAUCAUGUAUUAAGACAGGGCUUAUGAGUACAUGGGAUUUUAGUUUCAACAAUUUGUCUGGCCUAUUGCCUCCUUUUCCUCCAAAAGUAUAUGAAUUUUUUCUCUCAAAUAAUAUGUUUACAGGGUUUGUAUAUUCUUUUUGUGAAACAUCCUCACUGCCUGUAACUUAUCUUGACCUGUCUAGUAACGCACUCACAGGCCCCCUUCCAAAUUGUUGGCAGAAAUUUCAAAAUUUGGAAGUUCUAAAUUUGGCAAAUAACAGUUUAUCAGGGAGUGUGCCAGAGUCAUUUGGUAAUUUACGAAGUAUUUUGUCAAUGCAUCUAAAUAACAAUAACUUCUCUGGUGAUAUACCAUCUCUGGCUCUUUGUAAAGGAAGCUUAAGAUUCAUUGAUUUUGGGGAUAAUAAUCUUGAAGGAACAUUACAAACAUGGUUAGAGUUUGAGCAUUUGAUUGUACUGCGUCUACGAGGUAACAAGAUCCAAGGAAGCAUACCCCAAAGUCUAUGUAAUAUGUUAUCUCUUAAAGUAUUGGAUCUCUCAUCAAACAACAUUACAGGGGAAAUACCACAAUGCAUUGGUCAUAUAAGCGCAAUGUUAGAUAUGGAAAUUCGAUGGGAAAGCACUUUUUAUGGAACAUCUGCACCUUUAGUAUUUCAUGACAGUGGAAUUGGGCUUUUUUUUGAUAAAAUAUCAUUGACAUUGAAAGGAAGAAACAUCGAAUUGGAGAGAAUUUCUCAAAAUUUAAUAGUCAUUGAUAUUUCUAAUAAUAACCUAACAGGAGAGAUACCGGAAAGUAUAACAUCUUUAAUGGGUCUAAUAAUCUUAAAUCUUUCAAGAAAUAAUCUUAUAGGACUAAUUCCCGACAACAUUGGUCAUUUGAAGAACUUGGAAUCAAUAGACUUGUCACAAAACCAUCUUCAGGGUACAAUUCCAAUAACCUUUUUAUAUAUAGACUUUCUCGGUGACAUAAACUUGUCUUUCAACAACUUAUCAGGAAUGAUUCCGGUAGGCAAGCAAUUUGAUACCUUUGAUAACUCUUCUUAUGUUGGGAACAUUGGGCUUUGUGGCAUGCCACUCGUAAACCAAUGCCUAGAUGUGAUUCCACCGAGGAUAAGAAGAGUUCACAAAAAGGAGGAUCAACUCUUAAGUUUUGAGUUUUAUCUCGGCCUGGGGUUGGGAUUUUUUGUUGGAUUUUGGAGUGUUUGUGGAACUUCAAUAAUAAAACCUUCAUGGAGACGUGCUUAUUUUCGGUGGUUCAUCAAUGUAACUGAUUGGAUAUAUGUUACAGUCGUUGUCUUUACUAUCAAAAUGAAAAGAAGAUUCUGAAUAGAAGACCUGAAGGAAAUCUAUGGUGAGAGUGAUAUGAUGCAAUGCUUUGCUUAAUUUGAAGGACAACAUCAAAUUCCAUUUCUAGUUCAUUUGGAUUAUAAAAAAAAAUAGUUGUGCCAUCUCUUUCAUUGUUGAGAGAGAAUAUAUGAUAAGGUUUGAAUAUAUUUUAUGAAUGAAUACUCAAAUAUUUAUCG